AUGCUGCGUAUCCGAGCACCAUUGCAGUCAAGAAACUAUUGGCAUCUAUUAUUCUUUUCAUUCAUCUAUAAUUCUACACCUGAACAAUUUUGUGACGAAAACAAACCACCAACUGGAAACACAUCGGACUACAAGAAACUUGAGCAAUUAUUUGAUGAACGCAUAUACGGCAAGGUGCAUCCAUGCGAUAAUUUUUAUCUGUUCGCAUGUGGGACAUUCAACCGAAAAGCAGCACUGAAAGACGAUGUGAGGACCAAACUUGACGCUGCAGAAAAAGAAACUGUUGUAGGUCUUCUCACUGCGCAGGAAGAAAUAACACCUUCAAAAGCGUUCAAAAUAGCGCAGCAAUGCUAUAAGAGCUGUUUGCAAAGCGAUGAGCAAUGGAAUGGAAGCGGCGGACCAAUUUAUUUUGUGAUGAAAAAGAUUCACGUGAGCUAA